GCCACACUAGCAGUUAAAUCGGUAUGGCACACGUAAGACUUUACAUUGCUACAAGAACUUCCCGCCAACGAGAGUGCAGCCGUUGGAAAUCAGAGGUUAUUACUUAUUGUCAUCACGCAAGAUUUCUUCCUUCGUUCUUUAUCUCAAAUAAGCUCGGGUGUAUCUACCCUGCGAUGAAUCCUACUUCGUACACAAUACAAGCGUCUCAUUCCUUCUGUCGGAAAACCUAUUGUUUCCGUGAUUGGUUAACUCAUUGACACGUUAAACCAAUCAAUAGCAGCUGAGUCCCUGCCGAACCUGGUGGUUCAACCCCGGGGCACCUAGAUCCCUUGGACAGAUAUAAAUGCCGCGCGAGGGACGCACAACAUGUUGAUGUUUUCGGAUCUUAGUCCUUGUGAUCGUCCUCAAAGUCGAGCUGCCUCCUGUCGAACGAACAGUAUCCCCGAUUCAGCCUUGCUCUUCUUUACUGUAUUUUCUUGAAUCAUGCCAGAGCUAUCCUUCACUCCCGUCCUUCCCAAGGGGAGUCUCGUCCUUGUGUCGGGGGCAAAUAGCAUGCUGGGAAGUCAUGUUGUAAAACAGCUCUUGGAAUACGGAUACAAAGUCCGGGGGACAGUCCGUGACGUGGAGAAAAACGCCUGGAUGGUGGAUUUCUUCAAGAGCUACGGAGAAGAAAGCUUCGAGCUCGUGAGGGUCCUUGAUAUUGCAGUGGCGGGGGCAUUUGACGAUGCAAUCCAGGGAUGUGCUGGCGUGAUCCAUCUGGCAAUGGUCACGAACUGGGCUCCAAAUCAUCCAGAUGAUGUCGUACCACUCGCCGUCGCCGCAACAUUGGGGUUCCUCAAAUCUGCCGCCGACACCCCGAGUGUAAAGCGUUUCGUGCAUUGCUCCUCUUCAGCAGCAGCCAGAAGACCGACUGCCAACGUACGACGGGUGAUUGAUUCAGACACGUAUAACGAUGAGACUGUUCAAGCCAUUUAUGCCGAUAAAGGAGAAAUACAAGGACUCGACAAAGCAUUUGCCGUCUAUACCGCGAGCAAAGUUCAGAGCGAGAAAGCAGCUUGGAAGUUCGUGGAAGAAAACAAGCCUCCCUUUGUAUUUAAUACGGUUCUUCCCGAACUUUGUUUUGGCGAAAUAUUUAACGCGGAGAAGCAAGGCUUUCCAUCUUCGGCCGGAUUUGCCAAGGCCUGCUUUGAGGGAGACCUUAACUCCUUCGCAUUCCUUCCGCCCCAACAAUAUGUCAAUACGGAAGACGCCGCUGUGACCCAUAUUGCAGGCUUGAUUCACCCGGACGUCACCAGCGAGCGACUGUUUGCCUUUGCUGAGCCGUUCAAUUGGAAUGACGUCCUUGCGGUCUAUCGCAAGCUGUUUCCAAGCAAUAAAUUCCUGGAUGAUAUGGACCUUGGUAAGGAUUUGUUGGAGAUCAAGGGACAUGAUAGAGUGGAUCGACUGCUGAAGGAGAUGGGACGACCCAAGGGGUUCAGGAAGCUUGAAGAGAGCCUCACCCAACUUACGAAGGCGUUCGCCUAGGUUGCUGCUUGGACAAUCCUGGAGAUAGGAUUGGGGAUAUUUCGCCCGAAUUAGUACUGAAUACUUUCCAUACCUAGAUACUGCCGAACACAAUCAAACCCAAGGU